GAAAGGAAUUUCAUCAGAUCAGAAUAGAGCACCACUCGAGCUCGAGCUGGGCAGCUGGAAAAAAUCACGAGGAGAAGGGAGAUCUGCGAAGGGUGGCGCACAGGCGCUGAGCAACAAAGCACUGCAAAAGUUGUUGGCUCAUCGCAAUGGGGUCCCCUGGUGGCUCGACGGUGCCUCUGCUAUCCGCUAUCAUUGUAUCCUUGGGACUGCUGGGUUUCUAUCUCAAGUCCAAAAAGAAGAAGGAGCCGGAAGAGAGGCAGCUCAAUGCAUUUAUUGAGGAGUUUGAGGUGCAACCAUCGCCAAACCCUCUGCCGCCGCUUGCCCCGCUCCCUCUCUCGGGGCUGCGGUUUGCGGCGAAGGACAUCUUUGAUGUGGAGGGGCACGUGACGGGUUUCGGCAACCCGACGUGGAGAGCGACGCACGAGGAGGCAAAGAGCACGGCGCACGUGGUGACAGCCCUGCUGCGAAACGGCGCCACCCUGGUGGGGAAAACACACAUGGAUGAGCUGGCGUUCAGCAUCAACGGCGAGAACAAGCACUACGGGACCCCCCUCAACAGCGCAGCCCCUGACCGCGUGCCAGGCGGUUCGUCGAGCGGAUCCGCAGCAGCGGUGGCGGCCGGGGUAGUGGACUUUGCAAUCGGCACGGAUACAGCGGGUAGCCUGCGAAUACCGGCGGCGUACAAUGGGGUCUACAGCUUCCGGCCGUCGCACGGAAGCGUAUCUGCGGCUGGUGUCGUCCCAAUGUCGCCGAGUCUCGAUGCCGUAGGCUGGUUCGCCCGCGAUGCUUCUCUCCUGCGCUUGGUCGGUGCGAUGCUCCUCCCUACCCCCCAGACCCCUCCGAAACGGGCGCAGCGCGUCAUUUUCGCGGAGGACCUCUUCGGCCUGUCCACCGCCCCACGGGAACCGGUCAUCGCAGCAGUGACUGGCACCCUCGCAAAGCUCAACGCCUCCGCACGGGUGGAGCGAACGCGAAUCGGAGAGUUCUUUGCGAGCAAGGUCCCGUCGUUGCGGGAGUUUGCGCGGGACGGCAAGGACGGGAUGACGGGGGAGGAAGCGGUCGCGGGCAUCCGGGAAGCAAUGCGCGGACUGCAAGGAUGGGAGUUCAAGCAGGCCCACGGGGAGUGGGUGACGUCAGCGAAGCCGGACAUGGCCCCCGACGUGGCGUCCCGCGUGAACGCCGCUUUGGGCGCGAACGAGGAGACAGCCAAGAAGGCGGCGCAAGUGCGGCGAGAGCUGCGCGCUGCGCUGGACGCUUUGCUCACAAACGACACGGUGCUGAUCCUCCCCCCCUCCCCCGGCGCCCCCCCAAAACGGAACUCUCCGCCCAAGUCCCUAGACGAUUUGCGGAACCGAGCAAUGCAACUUGUGGCCAUUGCCAGCCUUGGGGGCUUUCCGCAGGUGACCAUUCCGAUGGGGACGGAGAACGGGAAGGAGGACGGGAAUCCGCUGGCGUUCUCGGUGCUGAGCGGCCACGGAACGGACGCGAUGCUGCUGGACACGGCGGUCGAACUUUCCAGGGGGGUCACCAAAGUGGCGGAGAUGUACUGGAAGAGGGGGGGGCGAGAAGCGGGGCCGCGGGGAGCGGAGCACCGAGCAGAGGAGGCGAAAACCAAGGGCAACGAGGCCUUGAAAGCGAAGCGGUACGUGGAGGCGGUGAAGCACUACAACGAGGCCAUUCGGCUGGAUCGCUCGAACGCGACCUACUUCAGCAAUAAAGCACUGGCGCUCAUGCAACUAGGACGGAAUGGAGACGCGGAGGCAGCUUGCACCGAGGCUCUGAACCUAGAUCCGAAGAACGUCAAGGCGUUGCUGAGACGAGGGUUCACGCGAGAACAAAUAGGGGCGUACGACCAAGCAUUACAAGAUUUUGAGCACGCUUUGGUCUUGGAGCCGGCCAACGUGCAAGCAAAGAACGCGAUCGGACGCAUGAGGGACUUGGGCAUGACAUCAUGACAAAGAAGUUGGGACAAAUAUUUCAGGGGAUCGAAGACGUAGGCUCGUGAAAGGGUUUUGUACAUCGGGCACAAUGCGCAUUAGAGCUUCUGAGUCUAUCCAAAGUGUAGCCUCUCACGUUCUCCGGUUCAAUCACAUGCCGUGCUCAUGCCAAUCUGUUUCAAGCAUUUCUACG